AUGCCAUCCACCAUCCUACUCAUCAACGGUCCCAACCUCAAUCUGCUAGGAACCCGGGAGCCUCACAUUUACGGCAGCACCACACUCCCAGAUGUCACCGCAGCAGCAGUGAAGCAGGCCGAGGGCAGAAAUAUCGUCCUCAGCCAUUUCCAGUCCAACCACGAGGGAGCCAUCAUCGACCGCCUACACGAAGCUCGCGGCAAUAUCGAUUUUGUUAUCAUCAACCCAGGCGGACUCACUCAUACUAGUGUGGCGCUGAGAGAUGCUCUCCUGGCGACUGAGCUUCCAUUCCUGGAGUUACAUGUAUCGAAUGUACAUGCACGGGAAAGCUGGAGGCACCACAGCUAUCUCAGUGACAAGGCAGUCGGUGUCAUUUGUGGACUCGGCGUCUAUGGCUACACUGCGGCCAUCGAUUUCGUAGCGCAGCGGUUCGAGGCUGCGGAGAAGGCCGUCACAAAAUAA